CCCCGCCCGACGACGCCCGCGAAGCCGGCGACGCCUGCCACGCACCGCGCUGCCCCGCGCGCCGACGGACUCGUGGUGGAUUGUUGGAGGCACGGCCUUCUGCAGGUUUCCUGUGUGACGCUGCCAGUACCGGUCGAUUACCUGAGGCCUGUCGUCCUGCUUCUCAAAUCCCUCGUCCAGCGCUGGAGAGUGUCCAAAUGUUGGACACCGUUGUCAGCGCUACACUUACUCUAUGAUAUUCGACUUCCCACUGCAGCCACUCGCUCGUUCGACAAUGAAGAAUCGAGCUGCGGCUACUUCAACGCGGGAAAUCUCGUUCCCUCAGUAGCGCAUUGACGGACAAUACGCACACACAUCCGUGAUCGCCGUGAGUCACCCUUCAGCCACCGUUAGGCGCGUGUGCGGUCGACUCUUCGCGGAAACGAGUGUUUCGACGCUGUUUCACCGACGCGUCGACCCGACCUUCCCGUGCCGUUGCGAGGACGUGCGGCUCUGCGUUUCGUCCCCGGGAGGACGUUGAUGAAGGAAACACGUCUGGAGAUGCGUGAGUCACGCGGGCCGAGGCACGUCCGUGACGUUGCGUGCUAGACGGGCCGCUGUACUUACACCCCCGCGCACGGCUAUACAUCAAAGAGGGCUGUGAUAAAUUGUCCGCAGUGGGCUUCCUAGGGGGUUGACUGUGAAAUAGUGUUUGGUGGUUCGUGGAAUUCUGAGGGUACUCGCCGCAAAUACGGUUUCAUCAGCUGUACGUAGACUGGAAAAGUUCACUUUGUUUCCGCCGGCUUUUAAAUUUAAAGUUAAGCUUAGAAGAAAUAAAUAACUGCAAGUAUCUCUGAGGCUAAAAAUAUUAUUCGUCCAAGAAAAACUUAUUGGUGAUAUGACUACGAUAUAAGAACUCUACUUUCGUAAAUAUAGAAGGACUUAUGAUGAGGGUCACAAUCUCACAGCGCAUCAAAUAAUCCGACAUAUAACAGCAUAGUUUUGUAUAUAUUUCUAUUUUGCAACACGCCGGGAUCAAUUUACUGCAGAGACUACAUAUACAACAUCCAAAGAAUGUUGCAGCAUUUAAAGAAGAUUAUGCAAACUGAAUACGUUUGAAUCGACGGAGAAUUUCUUGUAAUAAAUUAUUGCCGAAACUAAACUACGUGACACGAGAAACUCAUUAAACAAAAUAAGUUAGUGAAAGCAACCGAGGCAUGAGACAUUAAGAUAAAAUAAUAAUUCCCCGAGGAACACACACAAUAGUCCAUCUUUCAAACUGACAAGAACGUAUACAACUAGUUGGACAGCAAAGGGUAGGCGCAUGUAUAUCGAAUCUUCACCCCGACACCCGGAAAAACAAACCGCCAUCGACCGCUGUGCGAAGUGGGCAUCUUCAUAGCGAACAAUAGCCGCCGAGACCGCAUCUGCUGCUUUCUUCAUCGUUGCCAGGAUCCGCCGGGCGCCAGCCAAGCAGGCCAUAGGUCUAUAAUAAAACAAUAUCAUCUCUCUCGUACGUUUCCGAUCUCGUGCCAACGCUGUCUCGCCAACCGGAGGGCUUCGCCUCGAAAGAAUAGUCUCGGAAAAUCCAGUUGCCAUUUGGUGGACAGAGUUGCUGUUUGGUGGACAUGGAUGCUGGCUGCGUUUUGUGGAAUUGCGACUGUAUUUCGAGUGGGACUAUUCCAAUGAAUUUGUGAAACGAUCAAGAUGUUUGUUAGCCACUAUUCGUUGUUCUAGAUUAACUGUUCAGCUGUUUGGACGACGCGGUAGUGGUUGUUUUGUGGAAUUGCAGUGAUUUUUUUUGUGUGGAAUUAUGGUAAACAAUUCGUAAACUCAUAGAUAUUAUUCUUAACCCUCUACGUGAUUCUCAAUCGAGAAGUAUUCAUCUGGUCAACUCUUUGCUGAUUGUGUUUUAUGAAAUUGUGACGAUGUUUCGUAUGGAGUUGUUCUAAAUAAUUGGUGAACUAAUUUUUUAUCUGUUGAGUCUGAACGUAUGAUUUAAAGGCUACUUUUACUUGAUGUCUCGAGUGGUUCUAAAUCAUGCUGACUGCUGAUGUAAUGUCUGCGUCUUUCUCGUUGAGAUGCAAUGGAUUUUCUACAUAGUUUGUGUGACGUUCUUGUGUGUAAACAACGCUGAAAGCAAGAUGGCCAGCAUCAAGUCCAAUGUCAUCAUGGCGAGAACUGCAUCUCGUGUCUUGCAGAUGCUGCUAGUGUUUGCUGUUGCGUCAGUUAAAACAGGAGUUCGCUUGACGUACCUCAACGUCUUCGCCGUUCAACCUCAUCCGAGCGUGUCUGCAAACCAGCAAUCGGAGGCCCGUAUCUCCCGGUUCGUCCUCGGCCAGAACCUAAUCUCCAGCGCCCCCCUCAAUCUCGGUCGCGGAGACUUUUCCAUUCCAUUAGCUGCCGAGCGCGCGCAAUCGCCGCUGGGCGCGCCCUUGUCGCCCGCGCGGGUCACGUGCCGCUAUCGCCUUUCCAAUUUUAAUCCGACGCCGCUGCCUAGGGGAAGUCCCGCCCCGCGUGGACGGAGGCAAUCGGGAGACAACGGCUUGGGGAGGGGAGGUGCGCGAGGAAUUGGCCGGGAGGGGUCGUGGCUGAGUGACCCCGCUGGGAAUGGCACUGCUCCUAGGGGAGGACAUCAUCCAAUAUCGUCGUACAUGGUGUUUAAAGGCAAGCGCUGA